AUGGAGAAGGACCAUGACAAAAGCUCCCCGUCCGGUUCCAGCAAUGGAGGGGAUGGUGGCGAUCAUACUCCUUCUAAGGCCAUCACCGUUACUCAUGAGGACGACGUGGCAGUUUCUUCGUCUUCGGCUCCUGUAAGGACUAUUGAUAUUACGUUGACUUUAUCUCCACAGGAGUCUUAUGGGAGGAAGAGAGGCCGAGCGGAAGAUCAUGGAGGAGGGUCGAGUAGUGGGAGCGGGCAGAAAGGGAAGAAGAAGGGGGAAUUGAUCGACCCACCCUCUACCGCUCCCAAAUGUGCCACGUGUGGCAAGACUUUUGGGUCGUGGAAGGCGGUGUUUGGGCACUUGCGAUCACACCCGGAGCGGGAAUAUCGUGGGGCAUUCCCGCCGCCAAAAAUUUGGGAGGAGAUGCUACAACAAGAGACGUUGCGGCGGCAACAUGGUCAAGGCGAAGGUAGUAGCGGUGGUAAUGUCGAAGGCAGAGCGAGGUUGUCGUCUCUACCGUCGGGUAGGGGUAUUGAAAUUGAUCUGAAUGACCCAGAAGAGCAAGAGGCUAACAAGGAUGAGUUUCCUUUUGAUCUCAAUGAGCCUGCACCCGAGAAUGAGGAGGAAGAUGACAAAUAA